AUGCCGGCAGUAUAUUUUGGCGAAUCUGUAAUCGCCAAGGGACUCUGGUCUUUGCGACGAACAGAUGCUCGCAAGGAGUUGAAAUCUCAUUUAUCAGCGCUAAAAUGGACUAAGAUGGAAAUUAACAGCGGCAGUUACCUGCAUCGGCUUUCUCGGCAUCUUUUCAGUUGGAUGCAAAAUAAGCUUAACGGGAAACAAGGAAACAACAAACAGCAUACAGCUUCAGCUACUAGUAAGCAUGUGAAACAAGAGCCACGUGAAGAAUUCAAUGACUGGCCCCAUGGCUUGCUAGCAAUUGGAACUUUUGGAAACAACGAUUUGAAAGAAAAUCUCGGCAGCCAAAAUACUGAUCAAGAUAAUCCAUCUUCAUCUGAGGAAGUAUCAGAUUUUACUCCAGAAGAAGUUGGAAAGUUACAAAAGGAGUUGACAAAGCUCUUAUCACGUAAACCAAAUAAGGAGAUCAAGGAAGUUGCUGCUGAUCUUCCUUUGGAUAGAUUUCUUAAUUGCCCAUCAAGCUUGGAGGUUGAUCGAAGACUUAGUACUGCACUUUGCAGCGAUUCGGAUGAUAGAGAUGAAGAUAUUGACCGGACAAUUAGUGUCAUAAUUGGUAGGUGUAAAGAAAUCUGUGCAGAUAAUAAAAAGAAAGCGAUUGGGAAGAAAUCAAUUUCCUUCCUUCUCAAGAAGAUGUUUGUCUGUGGAAGUGGGUUUGCACCAGCACCCAGUUUGAGGGAUACACUUCAAGAGUCAAGAAUGGAGAAGCUUUUGAGAGUAAUGCUUCACAAGAAGAUGAACCCUCAAAGUACUUCUCGGGCAUCAUCCAUGAAGAGAUAUCUAGAAGACAAACAGAUGACAAAGCAGAGAAAUGAUGAAGAAACUCAGGAAAAGACCAAUGAUGGAGGCAAAUGGGUCAAGACAGAUUCUGAAUAUAUUGUUCUAGAGAUAUAGAUGCCUCCAGCUUUACAAUCAAUAUUUCGAUUACUAGAUUCAAAUGUCAAGGAAUUCAUGCAGUUGGGAUUGCCAAUCAUCAAGGAAACCUUUUAAUGGUGUCUCUCGGGAGAGGACCUCAAAAUGUAUUUGAUCCAGAUAAUGUCUCUCGUUUGUUAACGGUGCUUACCCCUUUUUUCAUGGUUGUAUCUGUGGACAGAAUACAAGACAUGUUAUAAGAUAUCAUCAAAAGGAUUUAUGUAGGUUGUACUGGCAAAGCUAGACAUUAUCUACAUGUUUCAUCCGGUUCUAUGAUUAUU